AUGAAAGGGAAGCGUCGCAAUCUUCUGCAAGUAGCGACGCGAUCGCGCGCGUACCCCAGCCGAGUCUGUCGUUUGAGGAUCGAUGCAAUUGCAGACAAGAUCUCGUGUGACAAAGGGACGAAAUGGAAGACGUACAUGGAAAAGACGUUGGAUGGGGGUUCAGAGGGCAUGGUGAACGAAUUCCGUACCAUUCGUGGGUUUUUGCCGCCCAUGGCCACGCGAAUCGCCUUCGAUGCUAACCCAGAGAAGAAUCGAUUCGAAGAUAUUGUGUGCAUUGAUCAGACUCGAGUUCGACUCGGCUGUGGCUCGUAUAUUCACGCUAGUUGGGUGAAUAUUACCGCCAGCAAGAAGGCAAUCCUCACCCAACUUCCGAAUCGAGAGAGUGGAGCGGAGUUCUGGCAAAUGGUUCUUGACGUCGACGCACAAGCGAUUCUCCUUUUGCUCACACAUGCCGAAUUCAACAUGUUCCAUGCAAAUGGAGUGUUCCCGGCUGAGCAGUGA